CAUUUGUUUAGACUCCAGACUCUGGGACGAGGGCAGAAACUGUGGACGGGAUGCGAAGUUAACUUCUUCAGUAAACCUGAAGAGUAUUGUGUCAAACCAAAAUGUCCAUAUGUAUCAGAAUAUGGCUUCUCCUCCUGGUUCUUCACACGCUGGCUGUCUCUGUUGCUGCCAGAAGAGAGAGGAGAAAUGUCCUUUUCAUCAUGGCCGAUGAUUUACGGACAUCAUUAGGCUGCUAUGGCGACUCUUUGGUAAAAUCACCAAACAUUGACCAGAUGGCAUCCAAAAGUCAAGUUUUCCUCAAUGCAUAUGCUCAGCAAGCCGUGUGCGCUCCCAGCCGAACGUCAAUGUUGACCAGUCGGAGACCAGACACCACCAGGGUCUACGACUUCAACUCCUACUGGAGAGUCCAGUCUGGAAACUACACCACCAUGCCUCAGCACUUUAAAUCUAGAGGAUACAUCACCAUGUCUGUGGGCAAGAUAUUUCAUCCAGGUAUUGCCUCUAACCACACAGAUGACUACCCAUACAGCUGGUCCAUCCCCGCCUACCACCCUGCCUCAUUUAUUUUUGAAAAACAAAAGAUGUGUAAGGGAGACGAUGGUGAGCUCCACGCCAACUUGCUGUGUGCAGUGAACGUGACGGAGCAGCCUGGGGGGACCCUCCCCGACCUGGAGAGCACAGACGAGGCUGUGAGGUUACUGAAGAGUCAGGCCAACCAUGAUGCUCCUUUCUUUUUGGCUGUGGGAUUUCACAAACCACACAUACCCUUCAGGAUUCCUCAGGAGUACCUGAGUCUAUACCCCAUAGACCAAAUGACUCUGGCCCCUGACCCCAGUGUCCCUGAGCUCCUCCCCCCCGUGGCCUACAACCCCUGGGCCGAUGUGAGGAGGAGAGACGACGUCCAGAAGCUCAACAUCAGCUUCCCCUAUGGACCCAUUCCUAAAGACUUCCAGCUGCGUAUCCGUCAGCACUAUUACGCUGCCGUUUCUUACAUGGACGCUCAAGUCGGCCGUCUGCUCAGCACUCUUGAUGAGCUGGAGCUGGCUGACAGCACCAUGGUGGUGUUCACCUCAGAUCAUGGCUGGUCGUUGGGAGAACACGGUGAAUGGGCUAAAUAUUCAAAUUAUGACGUGGCGACACGUGUCCCUCUUAUCUUCUACGUUCCCGGGGUCACCGCACGCCGUCAACGCCUGUCGCCAGUGGAGUCCACCUUUCCCUUUAUUGAUGUCCUCACCCAAUCAGAGCUCAGCUUUAAGAAUGACAGAGUUAUAAGAAACAUGGUGGAGCUGGUGGAUGUUUUUCCGACCGUCUCCUACCUGGCCGGCCUCAGAGCACCUCAACCAUGUCCUGACAUCUCUUUCCAGGAGCAGUUGUGCACAGAUGGAGACAACCUGGCCUACACCUUCCGACACCGCGAGCGAGGAGAGGAUGAGGAAGACAUUGCUUUUAGCCAGUACCCUCGACCUGCUGAUACACCGCAGGUGAACUCUGACCUCCCUGACCUUAAAGACAUAAAGGUGAUGGGUUACUCUCUGCGCUCUUGGGACUACAGAUACACUCUCUGGCUGGGCUUCAACCCGAAAACAUUUCAGGUGAAUGUCUCAGAUGUCCAUGCUGGAGAGUUGUACAUGUUAGCAGGCGACCCUGGUCAGGAUCAGAACAUCUACAGCGACUCGGACCACGGUGUGAUGACGACAAAGAUGGCCAGCCUGCCUCCUACUGCGAGUCUACAGAUGAGAAUGAGGCUGCAGCUCCUCUACCUCUCAGCAGGGAGGAAAACAAGUAGAAGGAAGGUGUGAUGACAGAAAUAAAAAACAACAGAUGGACGGAUGGAGACAAGUACAAAAGGGAAGACGGAUGCAUGCAAAACUAUCCAGAAAGGGAGAUAAUUUCGUUUAAUAUAAUGCAUACUUGAUUUAGUAUUAAGUGGAAUCACUAUUAAUCUUUCAGGCUCAGCUCUUCAGGCUAAUGUUCCUUGUUAAGAACUCGUUGGCAGGCAGUAAAAAAAUCACUGGUGCGGAUUCUUUCUUUGACAAAGAAACUUUUUGUCUUCCUGCUGCGAAACACAACCCCCAAUGUUGUCGUUGUCGCACCUGCCACUCACGUCUGUGUAAACUUGAUAAUUCACUCGUGAGAAGGAAGUGUCAUUCUGCUUUUACUUGACUUAAUUUUAGCAGAAAAUAGACAGACUUCAGACUUCUACAGUAAUAAAAAGAUCAGAUCAAUUUCCCUCUCGUGUUUAUGAUAAUAUACAGUCAUGGAAAAAAUUAUUAGACCAUUGUUUUCGUCAAUUUCUUGUUAAUUUUAAUGCCUGGUACAACUUAAGGUACAUUUGUUUGGAAAAAUAUAAUAACAAAAAUAUCUCAUAAGAGUUUAAUUUAAGAGUUGAUAUCUAGACAUUUUCCAUGGUUUUCUUGAUAAUUAUUUGGUUAUUAUCAAGAAAACCAUGGAAAAUGUCUAGAUAUCAGCUCUUAAAUUAAACUCGUAUGAGCUAAUCGAAGAAAUCGAUCUAAAAUUGUUUUCCUUGACUGUAGAGUUAGCAGGUAAGGCACUUCAACCCUAAAGUGAUUAUUUGUAAUUGUCAUUUACCCCCUUGCAUUGAAUUCUGAAAGAAAACUUUCUACAACAAAAACAAAGAACCCAAAACCUGAGAAAAUCAUUGAUGAAUUCAAAUAAAUGGAGUCUGUGUUUAACAGCAAAACAUCUGUUCAAACUCACACAACUUGUGCAAUAUAAUCAAAGUCUCAUUUAAUAUUUAUUCGUAUACUCACUACUUACUAACAGUCCCACUCUCGCGCAGGCAUUCUAAUUGUUUGUGCAUGAAACAGUAAUGUGUAAAUUAUUUAAAUAGUUAGUUUUUAAUGUAAAUGCAUGUUUCAGGGAAGUACUGAGCAUAUGGCUGGCUAAAGAAGACUUGCAUUGUGCUGCAAAAUGUGUGUGAGAGUUUUUACAGCACAUCGAAAAUGUUUCACUGUGGAGGCUUGUGAGGGAAACCAAACUUCAAGAGUUCAGCUAACACAGGGUGUGUAAUUGUUAUAGUAUAGUUAUAGUAUGUUAGCAUGAGGACUGGAAACAGAGGAAACGGGUAGCCUGCCACUUCAAAGCUUAUAUGUGAACAAACAAAAUGUAAAAAUGUAAUGCACUAAAGUCGUCAUGAAGCCACAACUUGUUUUUCCAUUCCUGUUUGUGCUCAGACUUACUGUAAUAAUAGAGAUUGAACUCGUUAAUUAGUAAAAUGUAGAAGUUGUUGUGGCAUUAUUUUCCAGUCUUUAUGCUAAGCUAAUUGGCAACUGGCUCAUACAGUCAUGGAAAAAAAUAUUAGACCACCCUUGUUUUCUUAAAUUUCUUGUUCAUUUUAAUGCCUGGUACAACUAAAGGUACAUUUGUUUGGUCAAAUAUAAUAACAACAAAAUAUAGCUCAAUAAGAGUUUAAUUUAAGAGCUGAUAUCUAGACAUUUUCCAUGAUUUUCUUGAUAAUGAUUUUGCUUAUCAAGAAAACUAUGGAAAAUGGCUAGAUAUCAGCUCUUAAAUUAAACUCUCAUGAGCUAAUUGAAGAAAACAACGGUCUAAUUAUUUCCAUGACUAGAGCUUGCAGGUAAGGCACUUCAGCCCUUCAUUUUAAUGCCUGGUACAACUAAAGGUACAUUUGUGAUAACUGAUAAUGAUUUUAGUUAUCAAGAAAAUUAUAGAAAGCUUAAAGAAAAAUAGCUCAUAAAAGUUUAAUGUAUCAUUGUAUUUGUCCAAACAAAUGUAACUUUAGUUGUACUAGGCAUUAAAUGAACAAGAAAUUGAAGAAAACAUGGUUGGUAAUAUAUUUUCCCUUGACUGUAUGUAGACACAAGACGGCUAUAGAUCUUCCAGUGUAACUGCUAACUAAAUGAAUAGUUUUCCGUUGAAGCUGCUGAUGGACACGUGUGAUUGGCUCUGACGACUCUGCCUCCUUGGUGAAAGAAUGAUAUCACAUGGAUCAAGCUGGUAUCCGCUAAGACUGUUUCAUCUGAAGGAAUAUUGA